AUGACAGGCGCCGCCGAUGCUGUUCAGACAGAGGGAGUGGCUACUGAUGGGAGCUUGGGGUCACCUGCUGCAGAUGAGGGAUUUCCCGGUGGACCACACGACCCAUCGAUUUUGACCGAUUUUGCUGAGCAUGUCGCACACAGCAUCUGGAGUGGACAAGAACGAUCCGAUCUGAAGUUGGUCUCCCACGGUAGAAAAGUAGAUAAAAUUGGGAGACCAGCGCCUGAGAUCGAAGGGUUGAUUGCUGGCAUCGGAUUAAGUCUACUGAUCAGGUGUUCUAUUAUCACCACUGAUCUUGGACUCAUAACCGCCUUCGUCGAGAGGUGGCAUCGCGAGACUAACAUGUUCCACCUGCCAGUAGGCGAGUUGACGAUCACGUUGGAUGACGUGGCGUCACUCCUACACCUUCCCAUCACUGGCACGCUGCAUACGUUCGAGCCGCUUGUUACUUCAGACGCCAUUGGUCUACUGACGGAGCUUCUUAAGGUCAGUCAUGAGGAGGCUACAUUUGAGACCCAAUAG